AUGGCAGACGCCAAGGCGAUGUCGACGUUCGACGUUAAAUUAAAACAACUUGUGAUGACGUGCAAGCGAACUGAUUCGGUGCUCGAUUCUAAUAAAGAUACUGCGAUUAAACGACAACUGGAAGCUUUAAAAGCGUUAACAAACGAGGUAGAAACAUCGAGACGAGGCGUAGAAGCGUUGAAAAUCGAGUAAAAAGUGAACGAGGACGAAGUCGCUAAGUGGAAUUCUCAAGUAGAGACUGAGCUAGAGAAAGCAGACGACGAUGUGAAGCGCUUAGAGAAAUGGCAGGACGAUUGCAAACUGGAAAAGGAGAGAAAUGCUUUCGAAGAGAAAUUGAAAUACGAAGUAAAACUACAUGAAACUACACUAAAACUCGAGUCCGAACAUCAAGCGAAGUUGGAAAGUGGAAGUUCGUCGAAGGAAAUUUAUGCCAAGCAAGUGGAAGCGAAACUACCAAAACUCGUAAUAUCAAAAUUUGACGGAAAUUACAUGGAUUGGCAACGGUUUUGGGAUCAAUUCACCGAAUCGAUUGAAAAAUCUGGGUUAGCGUCGAGAACGAGAGAGAAUGUACCUCACCAAUCGAACUGA